CUCAUUAUAAAAAUAGGGAUUAGAUAAACAGCUCGAGGGAAUCGGCGAAGGUGUUGCUUUACACGGUGAUGAUUGAAUCUUCACCAUCUUGGAAGCGUAGAAGGUUCAUUGCUGUUUCUCCUAUGGAAUCAGAAUUGGCUAAGGGGAAGCUUGCUGCUGCUAGAGAAAAGUAUGGACGAGAUAUCCGAGUUUUUGAAACAUCUCUGGCUUCUGCAACCCCUUCAAAUGUUUCUGAUACGGAAGAGGCAGAUGACUUUUACGAGUUCACAGCAGAGGAUUACUUCCGGGUUUUGGCUUCUAAAAAAGAAGAUAAACACUUGAAGACAAAAAAGAUCCGGGAAGCAGAGGAGGCUGCUAGAAGAUCAAGGAUACCAAAGCAAGCAGUGAUCAGAGUGCGUUUCCCUGACAAUUUUACAUUAGAGGCCUCGUUUCAUUCAUCGGAGACACUUCAAACCUUAUUUGAUCUCCUGACCAAAGUGAUUGCUCGCUCUGAUUUACCGUUCUAUCUAUACACCACGCCCCCAAAGAAGCAAAUUAAGGAUUUUUCCCAGGACUUCUAUUCUGCUGGCUUUGUACCUGGUGCAAUCGUGUACUUUUCAUAUGGGGUGCCCAAAGGUGAUGAUGGUGCAUACACGGGUCCCUCCCUUCAAGAAGAGGUUGUGUCGUUGAAAGGUCUGGAAUUUGUAGCACAAGAGGCGGCUCCUGAGCCAACACCUGUGGAAGCAGCUGCAAUGAGUCCCUCCGUCGUUCCUGAGCAGACCGAACAAAAGCGGAGUGAGAAGAAGCAGGUGGGCAAGCCGAAGUGGUUGAAAAUGUGAGCCAUUAAGUCACCCUGUGAAUAUUUUAUAAAAAUUCAAAUCUACUGAUUGUAAGAUGGGAUUAUGCUCUGAAAAUGUAAUGUUUGGUUAAAGAUCUUGUCUAUGAUUGAGAUUUGAAUAAAUCAUUGGAAGUUGGACAAGGCAUUCUUGAUAGCGCUUGUGGUGCUCGAAUUUUGUAUUUUACUCUCUUAUCAUAUGUUAUAAAGCUAAGUGUAUGCAUAUGUUUUGUAAUUA